GCUUGCACCAAUGCAAUCUGUCAUAAACAAUCAAAAUGAUGAUUUAAAUAAUCAUAUUCCGGCAGAACUACUUCGUACCUCUCAUCCAAAACCAAUUCGACAUGAAAUUGUUGAAUCAAAGGAACCCUUGAAAACCAAAGAUCUUGAAAACCUAGAUAUUGAUAUUACUCUCCAUCGCGAACCUGUUACUAUUUCGGAUAAAAUUGCUUUUAGGAUUGUGAAAUUAUUAAGGAUGCCUACAGAUUGGUUAUUUAAAAAGAAUUAUAUUCAUAGAGCUGUAAUGUUGGAAACUGCAAUAGGAGGAACUAUUCGACACUUGAAAUCACUUAGAAAGUUGGAACAUGAUGGUGGUUGGAUUGAACAUUUGCUUCAUGAGGCUGAAAAUGAACGGCAAUAUGCAUUUAAUGACAUGGAUGCUCCAAAAACUGCACAUCGAGUAGUCGGAUAUCUUGAAGAAGAAGCAAUCAUCAGUUACACUUCAUUUCUGAAUGAAAUCGAUAAAGGCAACAUUGAAAAUCUUAAAACAGUUCCAGAUCUUGCUACUGACUAUUGGCAUUUAGAUCGAGAAAGUGCCACGUUACGUGAUGUAGUACUUGCGGUCCGUGCUGAUGAAGCCACACAUCGUGACACAAAUCAUCAUUUAGCUGAUCGUAUCCUUUUAGGAAGGGAGGAUUUACGUGAAGAUAUUAAAAAAGUGUUUGAUGAGGAAAAAAGCAACAGAACACAUAAAAUGGCUGGAAUGAACCAAAAUGCUCAAGAUAAAUGGAAGUGGUAA